AUGGCAGGCAGCCUCUUCAGAAGGCUGUCCCUGGAGGAAGACUCAGCCAACUCCCUGGACGGCCUGGAUCUCAAGCAGGGAGACGAAGCCAUGCACCAGGCUUUGGACACCCUGAGUGACAGCACCAGCUCCACCACAGCCAACGACCUGGACCUCAUCUUCCUCAAAGGCAUCAUGGAGAGCCCUGUGGCCCACGAGCGUUUUGAGGAGCCCAAACUGGAGGCGGUGAGAGAGAACAACGUAGAGCUGGUGCAGGACAUCCUCAGAGAGCUCAGCCCCCUCACACACAGGAGCCAGGCCGCAGACGAGCUGGUGCGCAUCCUCAAGGAACCUCACUUCCAGUCCCUGCUAGAAACUCAUGAUUCAGUGGCGUCCAAAAACUACGAGACCCCUCCGCCCAGCCCCUGCUCCUUUAUGGACGCAGCCCUGAACAACCAGCCUGUGCCCCCAGAUGCAGUGCGCAUGGUGGGCAUACGGAAGGUCUCAGGGGAGCACCUGGGCGUGACAUUCCGCGUGGAGAGUGGCGAGCUGGUGAUCGCCCGGAUCCUCCACGGUGGGAUGAUUGACCAGCAGGGCCUGCUCCAUGUGGGCGACAUCAUCAAAGAGGUCAACGGUAAAGAGGUGGGCAACGACCCCAAGGUGCUGCAGGAGAUGCUGAAGGAGGCGAGCGGCAGUGUGGUGCUCAAGAUCCUGCCCAGCUACCAGGAGCCCCACACGCCCAGACAGGCUUUUGUCAAGUGCCACUUUGACUAUGAUCCAUCCCAUGACAAUCUGAUCCCCUGUAAAGAGGCCGGCCUGAGCUUCAACAGCGGAGACAUCCUACAGAUCUUCAACCAGGAGGACCUCAACUGGUGGCAGGCUUGUCACAUAGAGGGGGGCAGCGCCGGGCUCAUUCCUAGUCAGCUUUUGGAGGAGAAGAGGAAAGCGUUCGUGAAGAGGGAUCUGGAGCUGGCGACUACAGGGCCUUUGUGUGCUGGCAUGGGUGGCAAGAAGAAGAAAAAGAUGAUGUAUUUGACCACCAAAAAUGCAGAGUUUGAUCGUCAUGAGUUAAGAAUCUACGAGGAAGUGGCCAAAGUGCCUCCGUUCAGAAGAAAGGUGCUGGUUCUGAUCGGGGCUCAGGGAGUGGGCCGUCGCAGUCUAAAGAACAAACUGCUGGUGUCAGACUCCCAGCGCUACGGCACCACCAUCCCCUUUACAUCCAGGAAACCUAAAGUGGAUGAGAGGGAUGGCCAGAUGUAUUGCUUCAUGACCCGACACGAGAUGGAGUGUGACAUAAAAAAUGGGCGAUUUCUGGAGCACGGCGAAUACGACGGAAACCUGUAUGGCACCAAAAUCAGCUCCAUUCACGAAGUCAUCGAGACAGGGAAAAUCUGUAUACUGGAUGUCAACCCCCAGGCUCUUAAAGUACUGCGGACCUCCGAGUUCCUGCCCUAUGUGGUGUUUAUUGAAGCACCGGACUUUGAGGUGCUUAAAGCCAUGAACAGAACAGCCAUCGAGUCUGGAGUGGUCACUAAACAGCUCACGGACUCUGAGUUAAAGAGGACAGUAGAUGAGAGUGAGCGAAUCAAGCGAGCCUAUGGACACUACUUUGACUUGUGCAUUGUAAAUGAUGGUCUGGACGCAGCGUUUCGGAGUCUACGCUCAGCUUUGGACAAACUGUCCACAGAGCAGCAGUGGGUCCCGGUCAGCUGGGUCUUCUGAGGUCAGAGGACACACUCUGGCAGAGGAGGGGCAGGAAGCAUCACUGUUCAGUUCCAACCUCACGGCCAACAUUUUUGUACAAAUUUAGUGUCCCUCUGUCAUGUUGUCUUUUCUUUGUGGAGAUGAACUUAGAGUGAGCUUUAGUGCAAUAGUGUGAUUGAGUGUGUGUUCUCAUAAAUGUGGAAGUUAUCUACAUUUUCUUUGAAGGAUGUUCUAUUUAAACCUUUUCAAAUGUUUAAUUUAUUUAGUGUGAUGUUUACAGUUGGACUGGCAAGAGUGACUGCUUAGAGUGAUAAUACCAAAUGCCAUCUCUACCACUACUGUCUUUCCUACAGUAUGAUUGUAUCUGUUCUCAAAUGUUCAUUGUGUUCCUUUGUCUGCGUUAAACUGACAAAUUAACAGCAAUAGACCAUUAUAAAACCUGCUCAAUGCAAUACAUUCUUCGGACUGAGGUAUAAAGCACUGUUUGUGAGUAAAAAUAACAUUGGAAAUGACUAUAUUCUUAUUAACACAUCAUAUGUAUUGCACAUCUUCAGUUAUACUUGUAGCAGAGCCUCUAACAUUCACCAACUCAAACUCGAGCAGUAGCCUUCAUAUGCACUGACUGUAUAACAAGGCAACUAUUGUAUAACUCGACGUGUGAUUGGAAAGAUGGAUUCACUGUAUAAAUAUUGACCUGUGGCUUUGAAGUUUUGCCUUAAUUACAAUAAUAAUAAUCACAUGGUUCUGACGCCAAGGAAGCGCACCAUUUUAUCUUCAUGAGAUCUUGUGUCAAUGUUCUUAGAAAGAAACAAACUUAUUUAUCUUCUGUUCCCUC